UAUCAACAUUAUUUUGUUCUGAGUUGUCCAUGAUAUGUCUUCUUUCUUGCUUUUGAUAAUUUCACCUCAUAAACUCUGAGAACAGGACUAGUUCUUCAGAACUGCCUCAGAAAACAUCUCCAGCCACUCCUCGGACAGCUCAGAAGCUCAAAACUCCUGGAUCAGAGGCAGACUCAGUUUCAACUUCAAACUCAGCCGGGAGGAUGUCAAAAGAAAGAAGUCCUAAAGUUGUUGAUCGCAGGUCUCCUCGAAGUCCAGCAACUGAGAAGAAACGGACAACUAGAGUUAGUGAUUUGGAAACUCAGCUUGCCCAGCUCCAAGAGGAACUGAAGAAGGCAAAAGACCAAUUAAGCUCAUCUGAAUCAAGGAAGAAAAGGGCCCAGCAGGAGGCUGAGGAGGCUAAAAAGCAACUUGAAGCCAUGUCAGAGAAGCUUGAAGAGUCUGAGAAGCAGUUGCAGGAGCUAUCGGAUUGUGAGGAAGCUCGGGUGCAAGAGUUGCGCAAGAUCUCACAGGAUAGAGAUCGGGCAUGGCAGUCGGAACUUGAGGCUAUCCAAAAGCAACACUCUAUGGAUUCUGCUGCUCUAGCUUCUGCCAUGAAUGAAAUUCAGAAGCUUAAAAUGCAACUUGAAAGGGUAGCUGAAUCUGAAGCAGCUCAAGCUAGGCAUGCUGAAUCAGCUCAUGCUGAUGUUCAGAACUUAAGAAUGGAACUUACAGAAACUCUUGCGCUGGUAGAUGAAAUAAAGGCUCAGUUAAAUGACAGCAAAGAAUCUGAAGUUCGGGCAAUGGAAGAAGUAAGUAAAGCUCAAAUGCAGCUGGAGGAAGCAAAGGCCACGGAGGACACGCUUCGCUCAGAAGGUCUCAGAGCUGAGGAGGCUUACAAGUCCUUGGCCUUGAAGUUAGAACAAUCAAAGAUGCAAGUCAAUUCUUUGGAGGAACUUGUUAGUAGACUGCAGGCUGAUGUUAACAAAAGGAGCAAUGACUCAUCAGCUUCUUCAGGUGAUGUUGAAAUUGCAAGGGAAAAAGAAGGAGCUGAGAAGUCAGAACAGCUUAAAGUUGAGCUCAAUAGUAUAAAACUUGAGGUAGGUCAUUUGAGAGCUGCAUUAGAGGCAUCUGAAAGAAGAUAUCAAGAGGAAUACAUUCAAAGUACCUUGCAGAUUAGAAGUGCAUAUGAACUGGUUGAGAAGACAAAGUCUGAAUCAUGUCAGAGAGAGGCUGAAUUGGAGGCUAGGUUGAAGGUUGCAAGAGCUGAUGUUGAAGAGUUAAAGAAAAGACUAAUGGAUAAAGAAACUGAAUUAAAGAACACUGCAGAGAAGAAUAAAUGGCUAAAUGGAAACGUAGAGAGAGACCAGUGUAUUCAACAAGAACUUGGAACUGAACUGAAGAAAUCUGAAUCAAUCGUGGAAGCCCUGAAAGCAAGUCUGAUGGAUAAGGAGACAGAGUUACAGAGUGUUGCUGAGGAGAAUGAAAUGCUGAAGUUGGAAAUUAAAAACAGAGAGCUAGAAAGAAGUAAAUUGAAUGAUGAAGCUCUUGCUUUAGUGGAAGCUGCCAGGGCCACAGAGCAAGAGGCCCUAUCGAAGCUCAGUUAUCUGACAGAUGAAGCAGAUCAAAGUAGUAGAAAGACAGCAAGGGUUACCGAGCAGCUGGAUGCUGCACAGGCUGCAAACUCCGAAAUGGAAGCUGAAUUGAGGAGAUUAAAGGUGCAGGCAGACCAGUGGAGGAAAGCUGCUGAGGCUGCUGCCACAAUGCUUUCAACAGGUAAUAAUGGUAAAUUUGUGGAGAGGACAGGUUCUUUGGACUAUCACACUCUUGGAGGAAAGUUGAACUCACCUUAUUCAGAAGACUUGGAUGAUGACUCACCCAAGAAGAAGAACAGCAAUAUGUUGAAGAAGAUAGGUGUCCUGUUGAAAAAGGGUCAGAAAUAGCUUCAAGCUUUUCCAGACAUGUCAGCCAGUAUCUACAGAACCUCGUGUUGCAACUGCUGAUGUUCCUGAACUUCAUUGGAGUUGCAAUAGCUCAUAAGCAGACAUUGUAUAGUAUGUAAAAGUUGACCAUCACCAGAAGCAACAAUAUUGCUAAGUUGCCUGUACGGCCAUUUACUGUUGGAUGCAAGAAGAUUUGUAAUAUCAUUUACCAGGCUAUUUUGUUCAAGGCAGGCAAUCUGCUGAUUUAUUUUCAUCUUUUGGGUGAUGCUACAGUUUGCCUGAUCUAUUGACUCGAGCAAUUUGGUACAUUUUCCAGAAAUUUCAGAUUUUACUCAGCAAAUGUUUAAUUUGCAUCCUUAAAGGUAUCUUACAGCCUAGUUCUUUGUACUUGAACCCUUAUUGAAAUUCUACAUGGCAUUACAUGACUUGUUCCCCCUUCA